GUGUUGAGAAAAAUGGAUGAAUUUGGUUCAAAGAAAGACAAUGUGCUCUAAUGGGAGGCUGAGCUACCAGCACGAGGAACACGAGAAAAGGAGUGGUCGGGCCAGAAACAUGAAAAGACAGAUGCAGAAAAACAAAAAAGCGAGCGAAGGAGAUAAGGAAUGAAUGAAUGUGAGAUCAGGCAGAGGAGCCCGAUACUACAGGAAUGGCCACAGCCAGGUGAAAAUUAAUUAACGAAUGACUGGAUGAAGUUGGAUGGAGCGAACGAGUGACAUGGCAGGCAGGGGCUUGUUUGUUCAAGUCCCGUCGUCGCUGGUGGUUUUUCAGGUACCAUCAUUUCCCGCCCGGUCAUUGCCUGCCCUUCUGGCCCUUCUGCGCCGCGCUCCGGUUCCACCAGCACCACCGCCCACUUGCGAAAAAGCGAACCGUCGGGAGGGGCGCCCGGGAUUUACAUCGGUCCGGUACGUGAUACGCUCCCAUUACUCGUCCGCGAUGGGGCCGCGGGUUGCGUAUGAGAUAAUGAGCCACUGUUCGGUGUCCACUUGCGGUGGGGGGGCCUCAAUUUACGGGCCUCACUGGUGGUCCUCACGAUUACUACUGUGUACUAUUUGCAUACCCUCCGAUCAUAUCGAACAAAACAAAACCAACCUUGCCAAUGACUCGGAAGGCCUGGACACUAGACAGAGGGCUGGUUUGAUCAAAUGCAGGCCUACUACUGACUACCCUGAUGAGACACCUUGCAGCCGGUGAAUUUCCUAUUAUUAGGCGAUCUGCUCCAAUUAUCCCAACCCCUAAUAUUGGACGCCAUCGCAGCGACAGCCAUAAUGGACUGCAUCGGAAGACUACUAGAUGACGGUCCUCAAUUUACCGCCGUCAUCUCAGGAUCGGUGCAUCUCACCCUAUUGAAGUCAUCCUUACUGGCGGUGUGUCAUGCAACCUUGAGUCGCAUGAACAUGUUACAGAAGCCUAACCUAAUAU